AUAUUCUUCUCUCGCCCGAGACGCAUUAUUCGCGUUGUGUCUCGCGGUUUAUUUCGAGGAAAGGCGAUUCAUUUUGAGGCGCAAGACCCAGGGAGAGCCGCUCCCGAGCUCUCCUCCCGCAAUUCCCGUGUUCUUCCAUUCCCCCAUUUCCCUUCCCCCUUCCCCUUCUGUCAUCGCGUCGAUCCGUCUCUCUCCCUCUCCCUCUCUGUUUCCUUUCCGUCAAUGCAGCGGCAGUAUCUUCUGCUGUUCGCCGGAGUGAGCAGUGACGGAUAACGCGCGAGCGUGAGACGUAUACCGCGGACAACGCAGCCUCUCCACAUCCGGGAUGUAUUCCAAGACCAUCAGCGACCAGCAGGCGACCAAGGAGCAGGUGCUCGCGAUAACCCGGAACUUCGUCGCGCAGCCCCGUCUCACUUACAAGACAGUAUCUGGAGUAAACGGUCCAUUGGUGAUAUUGGACGAGGUGAAAUUUCCAAAGUUCGCUGAAAUCGUACAACUGAAGCUCGCCGAUGGCUCCCUACGUUCCGGUCAGGUUCUGGAGGUCUCUGGCUCCAAAGCGGUCGUCCAGGUUUUCGAGGGCACAUCCGGCAUCGACGCGAAAAACACUCACUGCGAAUUCACCGGUGACAUUCUGCGGACCCCGGUGUCCGAGGACAUGUUGGGCCGCGUUUUCAACGGUUCGGGAAAACCGAUCGACAAAGGACCGCCGAUCCUCGCGGAAGACUACCUGGACAUUCAGGGACAGCCUAUCAAUCCGUGGUCUCGUAUCUAUCCGGAGGAAAUGAUUCAAACCGGAAUAUCGGCCAUCGACGUAAUGAACUCCAUCGCCCGUGGCCAGAAGAUUCCCAUCUUCUCCGCUGCCGGUCUGCCGCAUAACGAGAUUGCCGCGCAGAUCUGUCGUCAAGCAGGUCUCGUGAAGGUGCCUGGCAAAUCGGUUCUCGACUCUCACGAGGACAAUUUCGCCAUCGUGUUCGCGGCCAUGGGUGUCAACAUGGAGACCGCGCGUUUCUUCAAACAGGACUUUGAGGAGAACGGCUCUAUGGAGAACGUGUGCCUGUUUCUGAAUUUAGCCAACGAUCCGACGAUCGAGAGAAUCAUCACACCUCGUCUCGCCCUGACGGCGGCCGAAUUCCUGGCGUAUCAGUGCGAGAAGCACGUGCUGGUCAUUCUCACGGACAUGUCCUCGUACGCUGAGGCGUUGCGCGAGGUCUCAGCCGCUCGUGAGGAGGUACCGGGUAGACGCGGUUUCCCCGGCUACAUGUACACCGAUCUCGCCACGAUUUACGAGCGCGCCGGCCGUGUGGAGGGACGCAACGGUUCCAUCACGCAAAUCCCGAUUCUCACUAUGCCGAACGACGACAUUACUCACCCGAUUCCCGAUCUUACCGGAUAUAUCACCGAGGGCCAGAUCUACGUCGAUCGUCAGUUGCACAACAGGCAGAUCUAUCCACCCGUGAAUGUAUUGCCGUCUCUGUCGCGUCUCAUGAAGUCCGCCAUCGGCGAGGGUAUGACGCGAAAGGAUCACUCCGAUGUGUCCAAUCAAUUGUAUGCAUGUUACGCCAUUGGAAAGGACGUCCAGGCGAUGAAAGCCGUCGUGGGAGAAGAGGCGUUGACGCCGGACGAUCUGCUGUACUUGGAAUUCCUGUCGAAGUUUGAGAAGAACUUCAUCUCGCAGGGCGGCUACGAGAACCGCACGGUCUUCGAGUCGCUGGACAUCGGCUGGCAGCUUCUGCGAAUCUUCCCCAAGGAGAUGCUUAAGCGAAUCCCAGCCAGCACCCUCGCGGAAUUCUAUCCGAGAGACUCCCGUCAUUAAUCACCGUUUUAUUUGUCUCGUCUUAUGCGUAAGCUUAUUUUAAUGGAAUUGCGCGUACAAGUCCGAUUUAUCUUCUCUUCGACAUUAAUCAGAAUAAAAACACGCCAGUUCUUGUGUGUUUGCAAGAAAGAUCGAUGUAACGUGAGAAGAGAAUGAUUAAAGAGAAUAGUUAAAACGGCAUAUACGCUUUCGGAUAAUAAAGGGACAAAAGAGAAAGAAUAACGCGUCUUUGUUGCAGGCUAUUAAAAAAAUGUUGACGUUACAAGCUUACAGGAUCGUAUAUCGUUUUUUGAUGUUGUGCAAUGAGAGUUUAAAAUGGGUAACAACGAUAUUGAUAUGUUAAGUAAGCUGAAAAAUUAUAAACAAUUUAUUCUGGGAGACCUUGCAAAAAUUGCAAGUUGCAGAUCCGAGACUACAUAUGUUAUCUCUAUCAUGGAAAUAAUAAACACUGCAUACAUAUAUAUUGUUUCAAUAUUUGAAGCAUGCGUCUUUCGUGCUUUGGAGCGACGACGCUCACUCACGCCAAGCAAUCAUUGUAAAGUGUAAUAUAUUAUUCAGUAUUAACGUAGACGAAAAGCAUAGAGAAAUCCACGAAUCGCGUUGUAUUUCUGCGUUCCCAACAUUCCACUGCGAAAUUCACAUAUAUAAGAUUCUUUAUGCGUUUGAACCAAUCCGACGGAAAGAUGUUUAAACACGAUAUGUACAGUUACCUUUAGAGAAUGUUCCGAGCGAAACGUCAUCGUGUAUCGUCUUGUGAAAGACAAACUGUAUAUGUUAGAAAUAGAGAAUUAAAGGAGAUUUGUUGUCUUUGAA